AUGGUGUCGCAACCAUCUGGCCUCCAACCUCAGGAGAUCGACUUUGAUCAAGAAUGGAGUGAGUUUCGAAAGAGCCUCGACAGUGCUUUUAUUCAAAGAUGGGACAGAGACAAUUAUCAAAGCCAAUAUGGACGUGUGUACAGGAUUUGUACAGCGAACCCAGAACCCAAGUCAGAAGAACUCUACUCCAACAUUUCAAAUUACUUCGAAGAAAAAUCGCAAGAAAAAGCAACGAUGCUGUGUCAAUAUGAACGCCAACAGCUUCUCGAAGAAUAUACGGAAAAAUGGACACGCUAUCAGAAAGCGACUGGUGAUAUAAACAACGUCUGCCGGUACCUGAACAAAAACCACGUCCACAAUCUCAACUACUCCAGUGUGGAAGCACAUUUGGUCGACAACAGGGAUAAAUAUGAAUUCGCCCUGUCAGUAGCUCAUCUUGCCUUUGAAAAAUGGAGAAAGUUUGUGAUUGAUAAAAUGGCGGAUAAGCUCGUUGAUGCUUGUUUGAAUCUGAUUGAACUUAUGAGAUCUGGAUGCCUGAUUCAAGAUGUACAAAGAGGCCAAGUUCAUACAGUAGUAAAGUCAUUCAUGGACGUCUGUCACCACAAACAAAGAAAUCGCAUGGAUCUUUACCAGAACGCUUUCGAAAAACGCCUUCUCGCUUCAACAUCAUCCUUUUACGACCAGGAAGGGAAGCGAAUUCUAGCACAAGGAGACGUGGGGAAUUACAUCAUGCGGGUACUCGACAUUAUCAAAAUAGAGGACCGGCGGGCAUUUUCACUUUUUGAUCGAUCGACGGUUCAGAAGCAGAAGGAGUGUCUUGUCAAGUCGCUUAUUUAUGACGCUCUGGACUUUUUGCUCGAAGCUGGUGAGACCAUGGUCAAGACAGAAAACGCUGAGCAGCUAAAUCAACUCUACAGGCUCUUCCAAGACAUGGAAGAUCCACUUUCAAAGCUAGUAAAGAUGUUCAAGCAAUACGUCGAAGAAAUCGGAGUCAGAAAAAUCAAGAAAAUAAAGAACCCAAAGGAGUUUGUCGAAGCAACAUGCAAUCAUUACGAUCAAUACAAGAAAUUCGUUGAUCGGGUAUUCGUUAAUGAACCGGAAAUGGAGCUUCAAACAGCGUACGAUGCUCUUGAAAGCAUGGCAGUAUUGCAACCUGAUAAGCAGUUUCUUGAGAGCCUCAAGGAUGCUAUGAGAACUAUCGUGACGCAAACAGUUAACUACAAAGAUCCCAAAAACGAAAACGACAGAUCGCGCGCUCCUGAAUAUUUGGCUCACUACGCAGAUUUGAUUUUGAAGAAGAAGGGGCAAGAAGAAGUCGUGGAUAAGAUCGACGAGAUAAUAAAAUGCUUAGAAUUUGUUGCUGAAAAGGAUAUCUUCCAAACAAGCUAUUCACGAAGACUUGCCAAGAGAUUGAUCUACGGGCACAGCACAUGCAUCGAAUCAGAGAGAAUGAUGAUUGGAAGGCUGAAAGAAGUCUGUCUGUACGAGUUUACAUCGAAAAUCAAGCGAAUGUACGACGACAUUAUUCUCUCACAGACUCAAAUGAGCGAGUACCACCAAAAAGAUUAUGCAUCUUCCGGUCUUGAUGUUAAAGUUCUUGGCAAAUCUGCUUGGCCCACGGUCAUGUAUAACAAGGCACCGAACUCGUUCACGAUUCCAAAGGAACUCGAAAUAUCAGUCAAAAGCUACGAGAAAUAUUAUGAAGAGAAGCAUAAAGAUCAACGCAGACUUACGUGGCUGUAUCACAUGUCCAUAGCUGAGCUGAAAACUAACAAGACUCCCAAGGUCCAGUUAUUGACAGUAACUACGUAUCAAACUGCAAUCCUACUGGCAUUCAAUCACCGGGAAAACAUGUCCGUCAAGGAAAUGUCUGAUCACACGGAUCUGGACACGAAGGAGAUCCACAAGCAAGUAAGACCUCUGAUCGACAACGAGCUCUUGAUAGUUCUCGGUGGAGGAGAUCUGACGGAGUAUACAACCCUGACGAUAAAUGACAAGUUUGAGAAGAAGGGCACAAAAGUUAAAUUGACGCCAAACGCUCAGAAAGAUAACAGUAUGAGCGACAAAGAACGAGCCAAUGUCCUCCAAACAGUUCAAGAAGAUAGAAAAUAUUGGCUCCAAGCAGCUAUUAGCCGCAUCAUGAAGCGUAUCAGACAAGCGACAUAUAAUGAGCUGCUGAUCGAGGUUCAGAAAGAAGCGAAGGGUAGCUUCAUGCCAACCACGCCUUUCAUGAAAACCACACUGAAAAGUCUGCUAGAGAAAAACUUCAUCGAAACGAGUCCAGACUCGACAGAUGACGCCCCGAUUUACCUUUACAUUGCGUAA